UGUUACAAAAUCUUUAUUCCAGCUUGAUGAAACCAGCGCUCACAACCUGCUGACACACUGGGACUGGAAGGGCUACAGGGGAGAGAGAACACCCGAAAAGCUGAUUGACAAAAAACAUCAGUUUUUAUUCUGAUAUCAUUGUCUGAGAAGGAAAUUUCUUCAGAAAUUUAACUUGGACCGAAGAAUGACAUCAACAGCUAUUCAGAUCUCUGCAUUGGUUUUGGCUUUUCUGGGCCUUACCCUUUUACACGCUGCCACUGUUUCUAACACCUGGAAAUAUUCUAGUACAUCAACAGAAAUUAUUACUGCAAGUUGGAUUAAUGAAGGUCUCUGGAAAAGUUGUGUAGCUACAUCCUUUGGAUCCGUUCAGUGCAAGACAUUUUCCUCCUUGCUAAAUUUAGAAACUUAUAUUCAAGUAUGCCGAGCCCUGAUGAUCACUUCCCUCAUCUUGGGCAUGUGUGGUACUCUGUUCACGUUGCUUGGCUUGAAGUGCACACAACUUGGAUCCAAUAGUGAAAACACAAAAGCAAAGAUUACCAUGACAGGUGGAACGAUCUUCAUUUUAGGAGGUCUCUCAUCAAUUAUUGCUAUUUCAUGGUAUGCAGCAAGGAUCACAGCUCAGUUUUUUGAUUCAUUUUAUGGUGGAACCAAAUUUGAACUGGGGUAUGCAUUAUACCUAGGAUGGGCUGGUUCCCUCCUUUCUAUGCUUGGUGGGGUCUUCCUGACAUGUUCAGCAUGCAGAGGAAAACACAGAAACCAGAGGUACGAUUACAGUGCUGCCAAGCGAACCAAUGAAUCUCGUAUUUACAUCAAAAAGUCUGAGACGGUCACGCCUGUUCAAGACUAUGUUUAGUUACAUUAAUAUUUUCCAUUUUCAAGCUCAUUAUGAACUCUUCCUUCCAACCCAUGUUUUAUUCUAGACAGACAAUUUUCGUCUUAGUACCAAAUACUAUGGUAUGUAUAAAAUUUCCUUCUGGAAAUAAUCAAGAGCAUGGUAUGGCUGUGUGUGAGGACACAAAAGAUAAGAAGUUGUAGCUGUAUUCUGCAAACCCAAGGAGUGGGUUGUUGGUUUUUUUUUUAAUAUAAUGUUUCUUCUUGCAUUGGAAUGCUUUAAAUGUAUAAUCAUUUCAGGUGUAACUCAGCACGAAAUAGUUUAGUAAUUUGAAGAAUGUGCAUAUAAAUUCUAAAUUGUUCAAAUGGAUUCUUGCUAAAUCUAUUAUAAUGGUAACAUUGAUGUGUUGCUUUGCAGUGUAAUCCUAGGCAAAUCCUAGGUAGGUUAACUCAAAAGGAAGUCCCAGUUAAAUGUGCAUAGGAUGCAGCCAUUGGCCAGCCCCCUGCUGUAGUUUACUGUGAUGUAAGUCUCCCAAGUUGCACCAGCAUAAGUAAGUUUUUUAGACAUUACAGAAGGAGGCAUCCAGGGUCUCCUUGCACAAUGUCUUUGUUCUUGGUGUUCAAAGUCAUUUGGAGACUCCCUGGUGUGUCCCCCCCAACCACUGAUUGGCAGGGGGCACCCCAGACAUGAUCCAUCUGCUUUUGCACAGACAAGGGAGAAGCAGCUGUCUGCGUUCUGUUCACAAGGGACCCUUUCCUGGAUGCACCACAUGGCUUAUCAAUGACUGUGGGUGCAGAGAUGCACCUAGGAGCUUUCCACCUGUCCUUGUACACCAAGGGAAGAAGGAAUAGCCUGUGCCCUCCCAGAGUAGUCAAGAUUGAAUUGCAACUCCCAGAGACUGGCAUGCUGGUUAGGGAGUUCUUUGAGUUGCAGUCCCUCCUCCCAUUUAUUUUUCUGAGUUGUACCUAAGGCUGUCUGUGGAGUUCAUGAUAGACAUGAGAGUUGAAUUUCUAUCUCCUCAUUUAUAAGCACUGCACCACAGAAUUCUCAGUGGACAGAAAUGUUAACAGACAUAUUGUGCAAGAACCUUUGUUACAUGUUUAUAGUAAACUAGAAAAGAAUACUAAACUAUUUACAUAUGUAUACUGUGUAUGUGUUUGUAACAAGCUUGCUUCUUUUCAACAGUGCUUUGCUUCUGGUUGUUGGAAGAUUUUUUGCGUUCUCCCCCUCCCCCUACAUAGAUAGGGAUUUCCUGCAUGCAAACUCCUCUCUCUCUCUCUCUCUCUCUCUCUCUCUCUCUCUCUCUCUCUCUCUUUCUCUCCCUUUUAGGGAAGCUUACUCACAUUUUCUCAAAGAUUUUCAACUGAACUUCAUAUUUUCCAUUUUCCUCCUCUCUCAACUUUCUUUGGAAACAUGGUGAGAUAAAGAUUUCUUUUUUUUACCUGAACUAUUCACUAGCUAGAUUAGGAUAUAGCCUCUGUGAAUAUAGAGAUUAAAGUCAUUAGUAAACGUUUGUUUGAACUGCAA